UGGUCGAUUGAUUACGAUGGUACAACAGAGUUAUUCCUGUUCGAGAAAGGAAUUCCUUGCAAUCAAUGCCCAUUUCCUAUCAUGAGGGGCGAGAUCGACCGUGUCAAUCCAUAUAUAUACACUGCCAUGUAAGAUGGAUUACUCACAUGCAUUUGCAUUCCUGGUGGUAAUUUGCCUUCGCCACACGAUCGAGUGAGCCUGGGAACUAAGCUGAAAGGCGAUGUAAUGGGGCUGAGAAUCCCAAACGGCUCUGUCAAUGCCACCUUCCUCUUCGUCCUGCUUGUGCUCGUUACCACCACGUUCUUGACCCAUCACUGCCUCGCGAGAAGAGAAGCUGAAGCGGAUCAUCGGCGAACGCCCCUUGCACGGCACCGCCCGGCGCCGCCGCUGCCGCCUGUUCCAACCGUUUCGCCACCGUCGUCCUCGGCGACCUUCAGCGUGACGCACUACGGCGCCGUAGGGGAUGGUACCACGGACGACACCAAGGCGUUCGCCGACGCCUGGUCCGCGGCGUGUGGCGUCGGGGCGUCGACGGUGGUGGUGCCGGCGAGCUACGUGUUCCUCGUCGGCCCCAUCACGUUCACGGGCGAUUCUUGCGAGGCCAACACGGUCUUUCAGGUGGAUGGCACGAUCCUUGCAGACACAGGCUCAACGGCAUGGCACUCCGGGGAUGUGACGCAGUGGCUGGAGUUCAAGAACGUCAGGGGUCUCACCAUUCAAGGGUCCGGCACCGUCGACGGUCACGGCAGCCAAUGGUGGAGCGGCCGAGACGGCGAUGACGACGCCACGAGGGAGCUUGACCCUGAUCGUGUCGGAACAAGCAACAGACCAACGGCUGUGAGGGUGUACCAGGGCGCGAACGUAACCGUGACGGGGAUAACAAUCAGGAACAGCGCAAAGUUCCACCUCACCUUCGACACCUGCCGGGACGUUGAGGUGCACGGCGUCGCCGUCUCGUCGCCCGGCGACAGCCCCAACACCGACGGCAUCCACCUCACCGGCUCCGUCGGCGUCUCCAUUCACAACACCACCCUUGCUUGUGGUGACGACUGCAUCUCCAUACAGGACGGCUGCUCCGACGUGUUCAUCCGCAACGUGAAAUGCGGCCCGGGCCACGGCAUCAGCAUCGGCGGGCUCGGCAAGGGCGGCGCCACGGCCGUCGUCUCCGACGUCUCCGUGCAGGAUGUCACGCUGAACCAGACGAUGACCGGCGUCCGGAUAAAGACCUGGCAGGGAGGGUCAGGCUCGGUCACGAACGUGCGGUUCUCCAACGUGCAGGUGUCGGGCGUGAAGAUACCGAUCGCGAUCGACCAAUACUACUGCGACCACACGACGUGCACCAACCAGACGUCAGCGGUGGCCGUGUCCGGCGUCGCGUACCAGGGCGUCGCCGGGACGUACACGGAGCGGCCGGUGUACCUGGCAUGCAGCGACGCCGCGCCGUGCUCGGGGAUCCACCUGGCCGACAUACAGCUCGCGCCGGUGAAGGACGGCGGGUACCACCUCCACGGGCCGUUCUGCUGGAAGGCGUACGGCGACGUGGUGCGGCCGGUAGAGCCGCCGGUCGAGUGCCUGAUGGCCGGUGGCCCCUGAUGGACGGCCGGUUGACGGGAUUUCUUUCCCUCACGAUCAGUGGAGCGGCAGUUUAGAAAUGGUAAAGGAAAUACGGUACGUUGCGUUGAAAUGUGCGCUGUGCGGUCGCUGUAGAACGCCGACCCCGGCCCUUUGUAAGUGGCUACAAGGAUUGUUCAGGUACAUGACAAUUUAGGAUAUGACAGUUGCUACAGAGAACUAUACGGAUACGAGAUUUAUAUGGUUCAAGACUUGCAAGUGUUCC